AUGGCUCAAGCUAUGUGGGGCCACUUGCUUGAGAGUCAACAGGUGGUCAGUGUCUUCAUUUUCACUGACUCCCCUUCCCCGUCUCAGGACCUGAACCUUGCAGCUGGAGCUGGACUGAGGCAAACCCUGUACCUGUCUCACCACUGUGACUACACAUUCCUGUUGAUCUCAGUGCCACUCAUUGCCCUGGAAUACUGGGUCAUGAGUAGACAUCUUCCAGUUUUUCAGAGACAUGAAUUUAUGUCAAACUAGGAAACAGCAGUUAUUAAAACUACUGACGGUCGUUUGCAGCUUCAGUUUGGCCCCAGCCGACUUUUGCAUUCAGCGGCUUUAUCAGAAGGGUCAAGCCUUCAGGAUUGUUCUACACAUCAAACAGAUCACAGCCAGGAGGAACCAUCAAAUCCAGAUAGCUACAAAUCCAAGAGUAAAAACAAUUCUUGUUUUAUGUUAGCAUCCAAGAGAAACAGAGCUGUCAGUGUGCCAGUGGGUCAGCUGAGAGUAUCAGAGUCCUCUCUGAAAUUGAAGUCACCCCAUAAUUGCCAUGGAUUGUCUCAGAGAUAUAAACUUCAACCAGGAGUUAUUAGAGUAACAGCUUACAAAUAUGGAUCUGAAACAGCCUUUGCCAAAAUUUCUGUACCAACCUUUUUCUUCUAGUUGCUGGAAGAGUAUACAAACGAACUGAGUCUGAACAUGGCCGUACAAUGAGUCUUCUUGGCAGAUGGCACAAAAGUCCUCAAACCCGAAGAUUUACCCCAUGAAGCCAACGUUUAUGUUACAACAGGACAGCCCAUUUUAGAUCCAUUCAAAAAAAAAAAUUAAAGUAAACUGUUAAUGAAAAGCCUAACUUGGACAAUGCACGACGAGUUGAUGCCUCCCACUGAUGCUGAAAGACAGAAAACAAAGUCCGUUCUUUCCAGAAGGAUGAAGACACUCAGAAGAUGUCAGUGUGAAUUGUGGUCUUUAAGAAUGGCAUAGGGAAUAAUAAUAAAAAAAAAAAAGAAAAAAAAAAAGAAUGGCAUAGGGCAGGAUGGGCAUAGGAUUAUAGUGGGAAAGGAAACAAUGAGAAAGGUUUUAGGUGCAUGCACAAUGAAAAUUAAUCUAGAUUCACCAGACAGAUAUAUUUAUGAUAUGGAUGGUAGAAAAAAUGGCGAUAUCUCAAAAGGUAAGAAUCCUUCCCAAUGCCUGCAAAAUUCCAUCAGUCCUUUGAGGGGACCAUUUUGGGUCUCUAAGGGAGAAGGUUUCAGAUCCUUGGGGGCUAAGGUGCACAUCCAAGGAGUUCUUGGGGCCUUGUAUCAACGGUUAAAGUCUGCAAAAAAAAAAUUAUUACAAUUGAACCUUAUCGUGAAUGAAAAAGAAGCAAAGUCCCCAUAAAAGGUCAUUCUUUCCAUAACACAAGAGGAAUACAUUUAUAUAAGUGUUUACCCUAGUUGGAGGUGUGGACCUUUAAGAGCAGGGCCUAAAAAUGAGGUGAGCAUGCUGAUGGAUGGAUUGCAGACAGCUAUCAAAAGCAACAGAGGUCGUCUCACUAAGCUUGGCCCCCAAUUACAGGCUGAGCAGGAGCAGUUCUUUUUAUGUCUGCCAACACAUUAAAGCCUUCUAGAAAACAGUGUGGUCCCAGGGGGCCUGCACCUCAAGGUGCGUGGAAAUGGUAAAGAUAUGGGAGAGAUCUCUGUUUACACCCGUAGAAGAGAUUUAGAGUCUAAUAGCCAAUCUCAAAGUGACGAUAGAAUGCAAAGACUCCUUCUCAGAAUCCACCACCAGCAGCUUCAAAUUUCCUCCAUCAGAUCUCCACUCAAACCCUGUUUGGCUUUGACCUUUGCCCGAGUGACUGCUUUUGACAGAGAUGGUAUUACUGCUGUAUAUAAGAACUUUAUGGAUGCUGAUGCUGCUCCGCUAUUUGGAUGCGAUGAUAUAGUAACUUAUUGUUCUUGUUGGGAAAUUUGCGAGGGAUUGCCAGUGAACUUUGAAUGCACCAGCCAAAAGAUCCCUGAUUGGUUUGAAAAAGUGGCCUUGGAAAUUCACUUCCUACACAACAAGAUGGAUCCCAAUAUUGUCCAUUAUGCCUCUGUUUCCAUCAGAAAGUACUGUUCCUCAAGGAGCGAAGUCAACAGCAAGAAUCAGAGAGUGUCCUGGCCUUCAGGCAGCAUGUGGCUAAUCACCAAGGCUGGCAUGAUCCUGCACAGAGUGAUAACUCAGGACUGCCUGGCUGUUGGUCAUCCGGUCUGAGUUGAGACUACGCAAGGAACAUCACUAGAAGGACACGAUCUAUACAUUCUAUUUUUAUUUUGCCGACAUGAAGGAGAUGAGUCCCAGAAGUAGAUCUUUGGAACAGAUGGCAAUAUUUAUUCUAAGGCUUAUCCUCAGUUUGCCCUGACUUACCGAGAACUUAACUGCUCAGUGGAUGUGAGCCAGACAGAAGACAACAUUGCCCAUGGUCCCUGGACCACCGCUCAUCAAGAACACUGUCAGCUGCCAGAGCCCUCAGACACCUAGGUGGUACCAGAAGGCUCUCUUGAGGAGACAGGAAGGCUGCCAGUGCUGCUGCCGAGGAAGCUGGAAGGGAAAGAUCCUAGGGCUCCUGCUCAGAGGUAAGCCAUAAAACAUAAAAGGACCUGUAAGCCCAGCCAGUGGAAACACUCCAAAGUUGACAGUCCUCUGUAGAAUAAGCUUACAUACAUGUGGCCAGUCCUUCCCAGCCGCAAGCUUAAUGAGGAAUUUGACUGGCCAGUAGAAGGCCUAUUGGACACAAAGAGCUCUCCCAUGAAGAGGAUGAUAAGUAAGACUCCAGAUCUGUGUGCCCCUGUGCGACUCAGAGUUCUAAGGAAUGGAGAAAAGAAAAACAUCAGACCCCUGGUGAUUGGCCCAGACAUCUCACCUGGACGGAAAUCACAGUGCACUGCAAUUUUGAACUUACCUUCUGCUGCUCGGAGACUUUUCAGUGAAAAGGGGAAGGAACUUUUUUCCCUGAAAGACCUACAGCGAGAUGAACUGGUAUAUGUUUCAUGUGGAGAACACUGGAUCAAUCCUGACCUCUCUGUUGCUCAACAAAGGAAGCAAGUCUUCCUAAGGAGCCUCGCGUUUGACAUUUCCAAGAUUAAAACCUUUUGCCAGAUGCGCAAGUUGGAAGCUCUUGUUUUAGAAGUCCAAAGUGACCUUGUGUGCGGGGGCAAGCUUGCUGUGAAUAAACCUGUAGAGAAUUGUGAAGAGGAGAAGCAAGUGAAAGGCCCAGGAGGGAGGCAGAUAAAAAAUGCUGCUUUAAUAACAGGAGACGCUCCCAGAGAGACUCUAGAUUCUCAUGCAAGAGCCCAUCUCCGCAUGGAAGCCUGUCGCAGGACGCUCAAGUAUGCUUGGCAGGACCCUUCGUACAACCUUGUUGCUGAUGGCAGUCUUCCACAGAAAGCAGAGAAAGAGCUCUUUGAAAAUGUGCGGCCCCCAAAGAAACACGGCCAUGUCUCAAAGCAUAGCAGACCAUGGAAGCUCUGUCACCAGGAGUUUGAAUACAGAGAUGGGCAAAUCAUCAGCCUUGCUGCUCCUCAGCUGGUUCUGGGGGUACAAGUCUCCAAACCCCGUUCAGGCACAGAGGUCAUUUUGGUGGAAAAGAGAUCUGAUGAAAGUCGCCAACACUGGACACACAAGGCAGACAGCAGGACCUUUCACCUGGAGAGUAACCCAGACCUUGUACUGGCAGUGUCUAUGACCAAAGCUAAAAAUCAAGCCUGUGGCUAUCCAGUUAUCAUUCAGAAGUAUAAACCAUACAGCAGUGGGGCCGCCAAUCAAAAGUGGGAUUACGUGGAGAGUAAGAGAGCAUUGAUGGCCUUUCACAGCACCGCCCUGGAUAAGGAAAUCACAGCAGCUAAUCUUUCUGGCCUUUGCACGUCAUCUGUCACUAAGGAAAACAUUGAUCAACCUGGAUACUGUUACCUCUCACCCGACGGAAAGAGAAAUCUCAAGGUCUGCCUGGCUUGCGGGAGGUCCAUGAGGGCAAAAAAGGAGCUGAAAGAGCUGCUUCCAAGGGCUCCGUUCUCCUGUGUUUCGGGCUUGGAGCAGAAGCUCUUGCCACCAGGACCUUUCAAAGUCAUCAGGGUCGCCAAGGCUGAUUUAUCUUCUUCCAAAGCUGAAGACACACUAAGAUAUUAUGAAAAGCGUCUAUCAUCUUUGCGGAUGAAGACACGUGCAUGCUCUCCAUCUCACGGUGGCGCAGUAGCUUCGUACCAGAAGGUGGUGAAAAUAACUGCAUACAAAAAUGGGGAUGGAUAUCGGAAUGGGAAGUUAAUUGUGGCUGGAACAUUCCAUGGGCUUCUUGCAGAAUGCACAGAACGACUUCAACUCACCAGAGCAGCUUCCAAAAUCUACACCAGAGAUGGAACUACCAUCCUUACCUUGCAUGGCUUGGUUCUGUGGGCUGUAGGUGAAAAAUUUACCCGGACUGACCCUAAGGGGCAAAAGAAAAGCACAGAGUCUGUUGGGACAGAAGACACAGGUGUUCAAACUACAGAAGAAAGCUCAAGAAUGAAAGCAGAAAGCAGACUGGAUUGUGUAGAGGACAUAGAUCAGUCCCUGCUUGCUCAUGUCCUCAGAAACCCUGUUGCUGUUUGGGUGUCUUGUGGUGAGCCAUUUCUGCCUCUAAAUGCUUCAUGGAAAUCAGAAAAAUUAAAGAAACAAAACUGGCUGAAGAGGGACAAAAUUUUGGCUGAUUUGGACACCAUGAAACACAAGAUGCGACAGUUGAAAGGACGGCGAGUAGCAUCAUGUCAGCCAGCCACGAUGGUUCCCACACAAAGCCCUCUGCAGCCAGUAGUGGUUGAAGGAGGCUGGACUGAGCAGACUCAGGAGGAAAUGAAACUCAUGGAACUGAUAAGACAGACAGAGGCAUGCCUUUCUGAAGGCCAAGAACUGCAGUCCAGACACUCUCUAAUCAGAGCUCAACGUAAAGCAGAGGGGCAGCACAGCCUGUACCAGGCUCCCCAAGUGAAACGCGUGUGGGCUUACCAGAAUGGAGGCAGACGUGCCGACGGCACGUAUGUCCAGGCCCGUGCUCUGUCAGAGUUGCUGGACGAUUGCACUGUGCGUCUGAAAAUGUCCCACCCAGCCAAAACCCUUUAUACCUCAAAUGGGGAGCUCAUUGAGUCAUGGGACGACAUAGAGAGUGGUAUGGCUGUCUGCGUGUCUGCAGGACAUGGCUUUAUAACCUCAAAAGAAAAAAAGCGAAUGAUGGAAGUGAAAGCAAAUUAUGUCCGGAUCCUAAGGCAGCAGGGCCCAGAGGCCACAGACAUUAUGGUGUCACCUUCCAGGAAGCUACUGUCUCUCCUGCAGCUUCCCAGAUGACUUCAACCAGAACUUCAUAUCUCGUGCUGGAUUUUACUCAUAGAACUGCAUGUGCAUUCUCAUAGGCUCCUAUCAUAUCCUAUGCCAUGAUAAUUCUCUACCCUCUUAACUUGUACAAUUCUCUCUUAUACUCUGCAUUGGGGUUUGAACCUAGCAGUUGACCAUAUAGUGAGUACUGUGCCUGUGAGCUAUGCCUCCAGCUCCCUCAAACACUUUUAAAGAUUAUUAGCUUCCACAUUUUAUGUGAAGUAACAUUAAAUUCU